CAUGUUUUGAUCUGGUAGUUACUUCAUUGUCUCGCCAACACCGCCUGUUACAUAAGAGAGCUUUUUUCAUCUCUGUUAUUAUUUGUGUCCCUCUUUUUUUCUCUGGUUUGAGGAAGGAAAAUACCUGUUCUAAGUUGAUAUUGUUUUGUCAGGGGAAUAAAGAUUGCUGAGAUGAAGCUGCCCUCCUAUUUUGCUGCAUUCGCCUUCCUGUUUCUGUUUUGCAUUCCUGAAACAGUUGCUGACCUAAACUCAGAUGAGCAAGCCCUCCUACAAUUUUCUGCCACUGUCCCUCAUGGGCGGAAACUUAACUGGAGUCCGGCUACCCCAGUUUGCGCUUCAUGGGUUGGCAUCAACUGCACGAAGGAUGGAUCCCGUGUGAUUGCUGUCCACCUUCCUGGUGUUGGACUGUAUGGUCCAAUUCCAGCCAACACACUUGGAAAGCUGGAUGCUCUCAUGAUCCUCAGCCUCCGAUCCAAUCGCCUCAGUGGGAACCUUCCAUCUGACAUACUCUCCCUUCCCUCUCUUCAAUACUUAUACCUUCAGCAUAACAACUUUUCAGGUGACAUUCCUUCCGCUCUCCCUCCAAAGCUGGAUUUUCUUGAUCUCUCCUUCAACUUCUUCACAGGCAACAUUCCAACCACAAUUCAAAAUUUAACAAACCUGACUGGUUUAAGCCUUCAGAAUAACUCCCUUACAGGACUUAUCCCCAAUUUCAAUCUUCCAAGGCUUAGGCUUUUGAAUUUGAGCUACAACCAUUUAAAUGGAUCAGUACCUUCUUCCCUCCAGAAGUUCCCUGCUUCUUCCUUUGUAGGAAAUGAUAUAUGUGGGCCUCCACUGAACCAGUGUAUUACAAUCACGCCUUCGCCUUCGCCUUCGCCUUCCCCUUCCCCUUCCCCCGCUCACUUACCUCCACCAAAAGUACCAGAAAAUCCAAGAGGGGGCUCCCAUAAGAAAUUAAGUACAGGUGUUAUAAUUGCCAUAGCAGUUGGGGGUUCUGCACUGGUGUUUUUCAUGUUGCUUAUGCUAGUGCUUUGCUGUUUAAAGAGAAAGGAUGGUCAAGGUACUCUUACAUCAAAAGGUAAAGGUGGAAGGGGUGAGAAACCUAAGGAGGAUUUUGGGAGUGGGGUGCAAGAGGCUGAGAAGAACAAGUUGGUUUUCUUUGAAGGUUGUUCAUAUAAUUUUGAUCUUGAGGAUUUGUUGAGAGCUUCGGCUGAAGUGCUAGGAAAAGGAAGCUAUGGUACAACCUAUAAGGCUAUCCUGGAGGAAGGAACAACAGUGGUUGUGAAGAGGUUGAAAGAAGUAGCUGCAGGGAAAAGAGAGUUUGAACAACAAAUGGAAAUUGUGGGAAGGCUUGGUGAGCACCCAAAUCUCGUGCCUCUUCGUGCUUAUUACUAUUCCAAGGAUGAGAAGCUGCUGGUUUAUGACUACAAAGCAGCUGGCAGUUUUUCCUCGUUAUUGCAUGGAAGCAGGGAAAGUGGACGUGCUCUGCCAGACUGGGAUUCCAGGCUAAAGAUUUCCCUGGGAGCAGCAAAGGGCAUUGCCUAUAUCCACUCUUGUGCAGGUGGAAAAUUCAGCCAUGGCAACAUCAAAUCGUCCAAUGUCCUCCUCAACCAGGACUUGCAUGGCUGCAUUUCUGAUUUUGGAUUGACUUCUUUAAUGAGUUUCCCAGCUGUUCCAUCUAGAAGCGCAGGAUACCGAGCUCCUGAGGUGAUUGAAACUCGAAAGUUUACUCAAAAGUCCGAUGUCUACAGCUUUGGUGUACUUCUGCUAGAGAUGCUGACAGGCAAAUCACCAGUCCAGUUAUCAGGGCAUGAAGAUGUGGUCGACCUUCCAAGGUGGGUCCAAUCUGUUGUUAGAGAGGAAUGGACUGCUGAAGUGUUUGAUGUAGAGCUGAUGAAAUAUCAAAAUGUUGAAGAAGAGCUGGUACAGAUGCUUCAGAUAGCAAUGACUUGUGUGGCAAGGUUGCCAGACAUGAGGCCUACAAUGGAGGAAGUAACUAGGAUGAUGGAAGAAAUUCGGCCAUCUGAUUCUGAAAACCGGCCCUCGUCAGAGGACAACAGGUCCAAGGGCUCAAAUACUCAAACCCCAUGAUUACUGCAGCCAUGUUGCCGAUGUUACAAGUUCAGAUUGCAUGUUGCGAGGCCUCCAUCUUUGCGUUCAAUCCAUGUGAUUCUUCUAGGAUUUUAGCGUAACAAAGAUGUGUCUGCCACCUUUUUCUCCCCCAUCUUGAUUAAUGUCAACUCUGUGGAAGAUGAAAAAAAAAAAGGCCCAAACUUGUAGAAAGUGCUAGAACAAUCAGUGAAAUAAUCGCAUCCAUUCUGUAUUUAUAGAAAAA